AUGAGUACACUGGACCGAUUUAUACGCGCUAAUAUAAAGCUCGUUCACUUCGAACAGGAGCUUACCGAUGCGUCCAUAGAGAACUCUUCAGUUUUUGCUCUCGAGGUUCAUCGAGAGGAGCUCAGGUCCAUUUGGGGCUCAGUUAAGUCUCUUUACGAGAAAUGUGUAGACGAAGUGGACCAAAAGGCCAAGAAAAAGGGCAAAGAUGGGACAGAUCCAUUAUCCUCUAGCGACGUCAGCGACGAGACUCAUAUGGAAAGCAUUAAUGCACGUUAUCAUGCAUCAUACGAAACGUAUGUUAAGAUAGUAUCAAAAAUCAGCGCUGGAAUACAUGACCGUGGCCGGAACACUUCUUCAUUACCUCCCUCACCCUUUUCAAUCACACCACACUCCAAUUUCCAUCUGCCUGCGUGUGAUACUGAAACGUUUUGUGGGGACUAUAAGUCCUGGCCUUCCUUUCGAGACAUGUUCUCGGCAAUUUAUGUCAAUAAUUCCAGCCUAUCUAACGUCCAAAAGCUUUUUUAUUUAAUGAAGAAAACGGAAGGUGAAGCUCAUGACAUCGUGAUGAAAGGUCCUUUGACGAACAGUGGUUUCGACACGGCUUGGGCAAAUCUUGUAGAUAGAUUUGAGAACAAGCGAAUGCUAGUUCAUAGCCAGCUGCGCGUUUUGUUUAAUCUCUCCCCAGUCAAAUCCGAAAAUGGCGAGGAUAUAAAAUGCUUACAGAGAGACAUCAAUUCUUGUAUCUCAUCACUACAGAUGUACCAUAUUGAUAUCUCGAGUUGGGAUCCAAUCUUUGUUUAUAUCUGUUCGACAAAAUUGCCCCGCACAACUCUUUCCUUGUGGGAACAUUCAAUACAAAACAAAAAGGACAUUUCCAACUGGUCCGAUUUAAAUAAUUUUCUUUCCAGUAGGUUUCAGACUCUUGAGACUAUUUCUGAAAUCAAUUGCCAGUCGUCCUCACACGAUUCUAGACAAACUGGUUUGAGAAAAUCCAGUCAAAACGUUUCGAAACAAAUUAACUCCAACCACACUAACGUUUCUGCUACCCCAGCGAAACAUCUUUGUAACCUAUGCAGUUUAGAGACUCACAUUAUCCGCAAAUGCCCAAAAUUUAUUCAGAUGUGUCCAGAGGAGAGAUUAUCGUGCAUCAGGAAAUUGAAUUUGUGUUUGAAUUGCUUUGCUGGUGGCCAUAGUGUAAAGGAGUGUAAAAGCUCACACAACUGCUUUACAUGUAAGAAACGACACAACACGCUACUUCACCGUGAUGCAACCAUUCAAGUUGCGCAAUAUCCUAACACUAAUGCGCAUGCUGUGCUAACGGAUUUUGACCCAGAUACAUCCAUCAUACAGUCCACUUCUCUUAACCCAACUGAAACCUAUAACGCUGUUUCAGAAUCCGUAGCAUGUUCUCCGACCUCUUUAAACAGUGUUCAGUCAUGCUUUGCCUCGCACACCCGCAAUGUCCUUUUAGGUACAGCGUUGGUUCAAAUCAGGCAUUCAGGGUUGACAUACAUCGUUCGGGCUUUAAUAGACUCAGGUUCACAAGGAACUUUUCUGUCUGAGAAGAUAUCCCAUACGCUUAAAAUUCCAUUUCAACGCAUUGAUGCUGAAAUUACGGGCCUUAACGGCGUUCCUUCAGCCACCGUUAGGAAACUGGCAAAAUUUACAAUAAGUCCGCGUUUCGAUUCUCAACUGGAGAUGAACGUAACUGCGUUAGUAAUUCCCCAACUUUCAAGAGACCUUCCCUCUAGAUCGAUCAAUCCUUCAAUAUUAAGUGAGUUUCCGAAAAUACAACUCGCAGAUCCUCAAUUUUUUCAAAGCUCUCGUAUUGACCUUUUACUUGGUGCAGACCUUUUUAACAAUAUAUUGCUUGAUGGAGUAAAACGUGAUAUUUGUGGGUCGCUGGUUGCUCAAGAGACUAUUUUUGGCUGGAUUGUGUCCGGUUCAGUCCAAAAUACGGAGAAUAUUUCCUCUUUUUCAUCUCUAGUUUCAUUUCUUUCUGAAAAAAGUUUGGAAAAAACGCUAAGACGUUUUUGGGAGGUGGAGAAUCUUCCUCGAAAGCAGCAUCUGUCCGAAGACGAUGAGUUUUGCGAGAAACUGUAUAAGGAAACCACAACUAGGGAUGAAAGUGGCAGAUUCACAGUUGGCCUUCCCUUCAAACACACAAUUUUGAAUUCAACAAUGCAAUUGGGACAGUCCAGGACCAUUGCAAAGGCACAGUUCUUGCGGAAUGAGUCUCGCUUAUUGAAGAAUCUGGAGCGAAAAAAUGAGUACGAUGCCGUAGUCGAAGAAUACCUGGAUUUAGGGCACAUGAAAAGCGUUCCAGCUCCCAUUCAUCAAAAUUAUCCGCAGCACUAUUACCUUCCACAUCAUUCAGUCGUUAAACCGGAGAGCACCACCACGAAAGUUCGAGUGGUAUUUAAUGCCUCCUGUCCGACUUCCUCCGGAGUAUCCUUGAACGAUAUCCUUCACACUGGACCUGCAUUACAGAAUGAUCUGGUCCUGCUUCUUCUUAGGUGGCGCUUUUAUCGCUUCGUCUUUUGUGCUGACAUUCAGAAGAUGUAUCGGCAAAUUAAAGUCCAUCCCAAAGACACUUGCUACCAAAGAAUUCUAUUUCGCAGGGAUCCGUGUGAGGAAAUAUCUGAUUAUGAGUUAACGACAGUAACAUUUGGCGUCAACGCAGCUCCUUAUCUGGCAAUAAGAACCCUCCUACAAUUGGCGGAAGAGUCCGAGAGGUCCCUUCCCAUUGCCAGUGAAAUUAUUAGGGAUUCCAUGUAUGUUGAUGAUGUUAUAGCUGGGAGCCAUCAUAUUCCUGACGCUCUCUCCGCAAGGACACAGUUGAUUAUCGCGAUGAGUUCGGCACAUUUUCCUCUGCGUAAGUGGGCAUCCAAUUGUAUUGAGAUCCUUGCGGGUUUACCGAAAGAUCAUCUUCUGAAAGAGGACUUUUUAAGCUUCGACGAUAGUAGCCACACUAAAACACUUGGUAUCAGAUGGAACGCCAAGUCAGAUAACUUCUUCUUCAGGUGCAACGCAAUUUCAGACAAAUUAUCCUAUACAAAAAGGGAAGUGUGUAGUGGACGUUUUCUCAGAACUUUCAAUGACAUAAGGAAAUUAGCACACACAUUUGCAUGA